AUGGGGGACCAGAGGCAACGUAAUUUGAAGGAGCUUGUCCACACGAUGCUGUUCAUGCUAAGUCGGCAGGAGUUCCACGCGCACCAGAUCAGAUCUGAGAAGCAGCGGCUCAUCAAAUCGAUUCACAAGUCGGCACCUGAUGACCGCAAAGUCGAGCACCUGAAGCUCAUACGGGAGUACCAACUGUUAUUGGCCGAGAGUACGUGGUAUCUGAAAAAGCAACAGAAGAAGCUCAAGAGGUAUCUAGAUGUGAACCCCCAUCUGAACGGAUUGGAGCUGUACCAGCAAGCUGUUAAUGCCCUCAAGGAUAUGCGUAUCCCAGCCAAGUAA